AUGCCAUCUGCUUCCAAGAUCUCUGAGAGACCAUACACAUGGCCUGAGGUUCGUGAUAUAGUCAAGUAUAACGAUCUCGAUGCGUUUGCUCGUCUGGGCGAACAGACAGAGAGUUACUUGGCGUUUAAGCGGUACUUGAAGCAACACAACUCUACGGUGUUUCGCCACAUUGUCACGCUGACUUUGGGCUGGAGACGUUUGGACGAGUUGGACGGUGUUAAGGAUAACAACAUCACCGUGGACGCAUCUGGAGAUGCGCUUUUCACGAACCCAGACGACUUGAAGAUUGUUAGAAACGACUUUCCAUACUACUUCGAGGACGAUGUCACUCAUUUGUGUGUGUGGACAAAGAGGAGGAUCGAAAGCGACCCCAACUCGAAAAUGGGCGACCUUUCCCAGGCAUCUAGAGACAUUAUAGAGCAAUACGUCGACCAGACGAUUGUGAAGCACCUUGGCAUUCCUAGAGAGAACUUGGUGUGGUUCCGUAACUGGGACGCUCUUCAGAGCGUCAAGGAAAUCAGCCAUGUUCAUAUCGUCAUCAAGGGAAUGACUCAGGAGCAGCUUGGCCAGAUUUUGGGCACUCCUGGUGUUCCUUUAAAGGCAUAA